AUGUCUAGUCUCAAAUCGUUUUGUUUCUAUUACUGGAUCUUGUUAUCAUUCUUCGGCGGGUGAUUCUUGGUAACUCUUACUCAGACUUAUAUCGCAUUUCUGUGCGCUUUCGACGUAAAAGACCUAGACGUCUCUGACAAGCCAAGUCACGCUCUUGGAGCUUUUCUAUCUGCAGGUUUUUAUCAUUUGGUCUUCUUUUCUAUUAUCGGACACACCUACUAUAAGUCGCGAAAGAACAGAAAAUCCUUCCAGGACCCAAACGUAUAUGAGCUGCUGGUAAUAGAUCACUAA